AUGACCACAUUGCUCCGCGACGCGCUCGUGUCGCACCUCGCUGCGCUCCCCAACGCAGCCGAGCUCGGCCUCACCAUCCUCGUCUCCGCGCCGAAACGCACAACCGCCCUCUUUCCGCACGCGCCGAGCGCGAGCGUGCGCUGCUGGGAGACGGAAUAUCUCGUCGUCAUGCAUUCUGGUGCGCCGGGGGUGGCGGAAGGGGCGACUGGCGCUUCUCACGCUUCACAGGUCGGCUCCGCCACCUUAGCAACUGCCGCUACCGCGUCCUCCACAGCGCCCGCGCAGCCCAACAUCUCUGUCCAGUCCAUCCCCUCCACUCAACCCUCGCCCGCCGCCGAGUCCACCCCAACUACCGAGUCCAAUCCCACCAGCCAGACUAAACCCACCCCCACCCCCAGCCCAACGUCCACCACCCACCCUCCCGCGCCGCGCGUCCUCGCAGCCGCAAUCUCCGCACACCUAUACACCCUCCCCUCGCCAGAACCCACCUCAAUCCUCUACAUCUCCAAAGUCGAUUCAUCCGGAUACGCCCCUCCCUCCCCCCUAACCCGCGCCCUCGCCUCCGGCCUCCUCUCCUACUUCCUCUCACCCACAACGCGACCCGGCGGCCCACUCGGCUCAGUCACGGCAACCCUCUUCGCCCGCUCCCAAGGCCAAUACCUCUUCCCCAACUCGGUCGAGGGCGGUGGUAAACGCGUGCUGGGCGGCCUAGGCCUCUGUCAAUGGUGGAAGAGUGUCUUUGAAGACACGGCCCGAUUAGUUGGAGACGUGGAAUUGGCGUACCUCCUCCCUUCGUAUUCGGCGUCUGAAGCAAAGGGUAUUCUCGGAGCCCGCCGCCAAGGGGCGGAAUGGACAUAUGCCCCGCCAUUCCAGGUACCAAUGUUUCGCGCCAAGAGGAACUUGGCAACGCUCAUUCCGUCGUUGCCGGACGAUCCGAAGACAAGGUUCCUCGAGGAGCUCGUUAGUUCUGCCCUCGAUACCCCGGCAACACACAAGGACGGGAAAGAGAAAGAGGGUAAACGGUCCCGAAAAGACGUCGAGGCGGCCGAGGACGAGGCUGAGCGUCGAAGGGCUCAUGGCGCGCUCGCCAGAAUCCCAGUCGACGAAUUCUGGGAACGUAUGGGGUUCCGACAGGAGUGUGCCAGUGGGGACGUGACUGGUUUCUUUAGCGCACGCGUUGGGCCAGAGAGCAAGGAGGAUAAGGAGCGCAGUCCCUCCGUAGAAGAGGUGGGACGGUACGAGCCUCCCCGGACGCCAUACGCCGUCUCGAAACCCCUUGUUGAGCGGAUCCUCACUAGCAUGCUCAAUACCGACUUUGGGACUCGGGCACUCGCGUACGCUGGUACCGAUAUGUGGCUCGCUUCGACGCGGGCACUCGUGAUCGACGAAGUCGGCGAGGAUGGGUGGACUGCCAGCACCGCCAGAAUCGCGCCUAAAGCCAUGGCUGGCUCGGCCGUCGCCCCUCCACCUAAACGCAAGGAGGAAACCGUGACAAUGCUCCAGCCGCGCAAGAAGAAGCGCGUGUAG